AUGACCUCAACUCGUUCAUCUAUUGAGGAACAACAAGUUCCUAAUACAUCUCCAUCAAUUGAAUUUUCAAUCUGGAAUACAUUUAAACAUCAUAUUCCACGUUUUCUCAUUACAAUUCUCGUUGAUCUGAUACUUCCACUUGUUAUUUAUUUUUCUCUUCAAAAACGUAUCAAAGCAAUAUAUGCUCUUUUAAUUGCUGGUGUUGCACCCCUUAUCAUGGUUAUUAUUAAAGCUAUUUUAUCUCGAACAUUCGAUGCACUUGGCUUUCUUGUUUUUAUUGCUUUUCUUAUUUCAGCUAUUGCUGCUGUUGUAACACAUAAUCCAAUUAUAAUUCUAUUGGAAAAAUCAGUAAUAACUGGAAUCUUAUCGAUUAUUUUCGGUUUAACAUUAAUGCCACGACGAUGUUGUCAAUAUUGUUUUCAUAUACGGCCACUUGCCUAUUAUUUUUAUCAAGAUUUAGUACCAAUAAAACGAAAUGAAGCAGGCUUACCCGAUAGUAUAUUUCAAGAGGAUCCAGAAUCAUUUCAUGAACAAUAUGAUGAUGAAAUUUCAGUAAUAAAAUUGUCUGAUAAAAAAGAAAUUGCUCAAGUCUAUGAAUGGUUUUAUACGCAUUGUUCAUCAUUUCGUUCUACGUGUUAUGUAAUAACAAGUAUAUGGUCAGUAGGAUUCCUAUUCGAAUUUCUUGGUAGACUUACUUUAAUUCUCGCUAAUUUAUCAAUCAAUAAUAUUGUUAUUUAUGGGCAAGCAAUAUUGACUUUAGUAACAAUUGUUAUGAUUCUACUAACAAUUAUGUGUAUAGUCAAAGACAGGAAACAAUCAUUAAAAUUUAUUGAAAUAUGGAAAAAAGAUCAUUUGAAUAAUGAACAACAAUAA